AUGUACCACCCCGCACGGCGCCUUGUGGAUCGGAUUGCGCGUUGUUGUUCUUCUCGCCCGUCGGAUGCUCUGGCAGCUCUCUCGGAAGGUGCCGACGCAAGUCGCUUACGGCUUAUAUUGACCAUGUACUGGGAAUCCCCCCAUAGGUACAACGCUGUGAUGAGCCGAUUUUUCUUCAAUGAUAAUGCCAAGGAAGCUCUAGAUUUUCAUGUUACUGUGUCGUCCAGAGGCUUCCCUCCAUUGAUAUUUCAUUGUAACAAGCUCAUCAACGCUCUGUGCAAAACCAGCAAGACAGAUUCCGCCAAUGAACUCUUCCAUUUGAUACUCAGAGAGGGCCCUGAACCAAAUGUGGUCACCUACAGUACUCUGAUCAGCUCUUACUGCAAGGAGGGCAGGCUCAAUGAGGCAAUGGCGACCUUCAAUUUCAUGGUGGAGAAGAAGUCUGUCGCUCCUGAUCUCAUAGUCUAUGGCAUUUUGAUCGACGGAUUCUCAAAGGAAGGUCAGAUGGAGGAAUGUAAUGACCUUCUGAUGAGAGCCCUCAACAGUGGAAUUCGGCCUGAUGUGGUGAUCUUCAGCUCGAUCCUAGAUGGCUAUGUCAGAAUUGGCCACUUGAAGAAGGCAUCUGAAUGGUACCACGUGAUGCUUGCCAAAGGAAUCAAGCCUAAUGCUGUCACUUACAGCGUCCUUUUGAAGGGGUUGUGUAUGGAGGGUCGGGUCUCUGAGGCCCAUGGGGUCCUCUCUGCCAUUAUAAAGCUCGGAUUCAAGCCAAGUGUGUUGAUGUAUAGCAGCUUGAUCGAUGGGCUCUUCAAUAUCGGUGACCUCAAGGGGGCUCUGGAUUUGUAUGGGCAUAUGAUCUACAAAGGAGAAUGUGCCACAGAUGUGGUUGUUGACAGUGUGCUCAUUAAGGGCCUCAGUCAGGCUGGUAGGAUCCAGGAUGCCCUCAGGUUCCUCUUCAAGUCAGGCAUUGAGCCCACCAUUGUCACCUACAACGUUCUGAUUGAUGGCUUGUGUAAGAUGAAGAGAUUGAGAGGAGCUAUGGCCCUGUGCAGACUGCUGAAUGUUAACAAUUUGACCCCAGAUGUGGUCACUUUUACAGCAGUUCUCAGUGGGAUGAGCGAACUGGGGAAGCCAAAGGAGGCCGCCAUGGUGUUCUUUCAGAUGCUGAAGAUGGGGUUCCAUGCUGAUGUUGUGAGCUAUGGCAGCUUGAUCAAUGGGUUCUGCAAGCACAAGGCUGUAGCCUAUGGAUUGAAGAUCUUUCAAAUGAUGCAUAAAAGUGGCAUACUUCCAGACAUCUAUAUCUAUAACGUUCUCUUAUUCGGGCUGAUCGGAGAUGGAUCCUUGGAAGAAGCCCGCAAGAUGUUUGAUGAAUUCCCCGCCUGUGGGUUAGUACCAGAUGUCAUCACCUACAACACGAUGAUUGGUGGCUAUUGCGGUGCUAAAAUGCUGAGAGAAGCUGUUGGGAUCUAUGAAGAGAUGAUGAACAAAGGGCUGCGACCAACCACGAUUACCUUCACCCAUUUAAUCAAUGGCUGCUGUAAGGAUGGUAGAAUCAACGAGGCAAUGCUGUUCUUCAAGCUGAUGCUCUCUGGUGGCCUGGCACCUAAUGUCUACACCUACAGCUGUUUGAUGGAUGGACACUUGAAAUCCCGGGACAUGGAGAAAGCCUUUGAGCUCCAUGAAGAUAUGCUUAAGUGCAAUGUUCAACCCAACAUAAUUAGCUAUAGUGUCCUUAUUAAUGGGCUCUGCAAGAAGGGUCGGAUAGGUGAUGCAUCUCUGGCUUUCCAAUGUGCCAUUCAUAGGGGUUUCUUGCCUGAUCUCGUGGCUUAUGGGAUUCUCAUCCGUGGGCUCUGCAAGGCAGGUAGAGAGCAUGAAGCUCGGAUGUUACAUGAGAGAAUGGUGGCCGAUGGCAUCCAGCCAGAUAGUUUAUUAUCUAGCUCAGUCGCCAAAAUUCUGAAUAAAGCGGAUGAAAGCACUAGCCAUUUAAAUCAGAAUUAA